CCUUUAAUACAUGUUUUUAUGUUUAUUUCUUAUUUUGAAAAGGCCCUUUAAUAACUGUAUUAAAUCAGAUAAAAAAAACAGGUGGUUUUCUAAUAUGGGUCAAAAUGGGUCUUGUCAAGUUGGGUUGACCAACCAGGCCACACUUUUUGAGUUUCUGUUCAGAAGUAUUUUAACACAUGUUACCAAAACAUACUAUUAACACAAUGGUUGUUUAUUAAUUAAACAAUUUGUUUGACCAAAUUGACUCAUGUGCAUAAUUUACUUCUAAAUGCAAGUUUCGAAUUACUGUUCUGGUCGUCUUCAUCAUGCUUUAACAGAGGAACUCAAAGUGUUUGAAAAAGAAAACUUUAAAGGCACAAUGCAAGAUCAAUGGGAAAAAGUUUUCACAAAUUGUUUCCAAAUGGUUGAUGAUGAAGUCGGAGGACGAAUUGCCAAAAAUGUUGGAUCGACGGCUGUGGUUGCAUUGAUAUGCUCAUCACAUAUCAUAGUUGCCAAUUGCGGCGAUUCAAGAGGCGUCCUUUAUCGUGGGAAAGAAGCUGUGCCUUUAUCAAAUGAUCACAAGCCAUCUCGUGAAGAUGAAAGGAGAAGAAUCGAAGCGGCUGGUGGGACGAUCAUACAAUAUUACGGCCAACGUGUGUGCGGUGUUCUUUCAAUGUCGAGAUCAAUUGGUGAGCAAACUAUGCAAAAUUUAAAGACCGGCCAUAUAGUCAAUAUAUGA